AAGAGAGUGAAUGAUUAAGAGCCAUAAUUUGUCCUAGUCAAAAUCCAAAAUUGUAGCCACCACAGUGUCCCCUUCAAGCGCAAAUAAACCCCUCCCCUCACUUCUCUCCACAAAGAAACUUCACUCCUCUCCUCACCCAAUUUUUUUUCACACACACAUUCCCCACUUUACUUCUUUUCUUCUUCUUCUUCUUCUUCUUCUUCUUCUCUUUCUCUCACAUCCACUUUCUCUCACUUCUUUUCAAUAAAAUCAAUAACCUAAAUUAAUUGAAUUAAUCUCCCCCAAAUGGAAACCCCCGAAUUCUACCAGACAACCUACUACAACUCUCAAUUCACCACCGCCGACAACAACCCCAAAAACGGCGUCGACGCUUUCAUCAUUGAAGACCUCCUCGACUUCCCUAACGAUGACGGCAUGGUGGACGCCGGCGACGAUUGCGCCGCGUUGACUGGCGGCACCUCCACCGGUUCCUCUCCUACCGCCGCUCCCACCACCGCCGACAACUCCUGCAAUUCAUCUUUCUCCACGGCGGAACCCUACUUGCAGACCACCGCCCACGGCUUCGCCGAUGACCACUUCUCUAAUGAACUUUGUGUCCCUUACGAUGACUUGGCUGAGCUGGAAUGGCUGUCGAAUUUCGUGGACGAAUCAUUUUCGAGCGAGGAUUUGCAGAAGAUGCAGUUAAUUCAAGGAAUGAAGGCCGCCCGAACUACUAACGACUCGUCGGAGACCCACCAGUACCAGUUCCAGCCGCCGGAGGCGGCCCACCCCACCCCCUUGAUCCCCACCGAAAUGUCGGUCCCGGCGAAGGCCCGGAGCAAGCGCCCACGCGCCGCCCCUGGGAACUGGACAUCCCGUCUCCUCGCCGUGUCCACCUCGCCGCCGGCGGCCUUCAUCACCGCCCCCGCCAUGUCGUCCUCUUCCGAAUCCGACGUGGCGGUUAAGAAGUCCGGGAAGCCGGCGGCGGCGCAGCAGAAGAAGAAGGAGGCGUCCGACAGUUCCGGCAGCGGCGGCGGGGAGGGGAGGAGGUGCGUCCACUGCGCCACCGACAAGACGCCCCAGUGGAGGACCGGGCCCAUGGGCCCGAAGACGCUCUGCAAUGCGUGCGGUGUCAGGUACAAGUCGGGCCGGCUUGUGCCGGAGUACAGGCCGGCGUCGAGCCCGACGUUUGUGAUGACGAAGCACUCGAAUUCGCACCGGAAAGUAAUGGAGCUGAGAAGGCAGAAAGAGAUGGUGAGGGCUCAGCAGAACCAGCAGCAGCAGUUUAUGCAUCAUCAUCAGAACAUGAUCUUUGAUGUAUCCAACGGUGACGAUUACUUGAUCCAUCAACAUAUUGGCCCCGAUUACCGGCAGAUUAUUUAGUGUUAAUUAAGAUUAAUUAGUACGGAUUAGUAUUAAUUUUUCUUGGAGAGACCACAUUGAGCCUGAGGUUUAGACAAAUUUUCCCCCCUUCUUAUUUUUUUUUAGUUCAUUAAUUUUCUAGGUUAAGUAUUUAUUCCUAACUCAUCAAAUUUUGUUCGUGUUUUUUUUUUUUUUUUAAUUUACUCAAUAUGUAGAAAAAGAAAAAAAAAUAGAAAUAGGGAAAAAUAGAAGAUAGGGAGUAGUAAUUAUAUAUCCUUUUUUUAAAGUGUAGUUUUGCCAAAAUGUGGCAAAUUCUUGAACCCUUAUAAUUAAUUUGAAGAACUCCUCAUUUCUUCUCAUUUUUUUCUCA